ACAUUUUAGUGUACGCAGAAAAUUAACAAAAUAAAGCAAGGAAACGGCCUAUCAGAUGAUUAACGCUCAGCAAAAAUAUAAGCAAAAAAAAAAAAAAAAAGCGUGAAACAGUGCAAUUUGACCCGGAGGGCUGGGCGGAGCCAGGCCCCAGAGCCUCUCAGCCGGGCGGGGCGGGGCGGGGCGGAACUGGCAGGUUUAGGAGGGGCGCGCGCACUGGCAAGGUGAAGUGGGUCACGUGACUCGAGGGGCGUGGGGAGGAGAGCCAAGUCUGGCUGGGCACCUUGGCGACAGUCAGGCGGGCGGAGCCGAUAACCUAACAAACGUCCUCGGAGCGCCUGGGGGCGGGGCGUCCGGGGCGCGGUUUGAAGAUCCGGGAGCCAAGGCCUUCCGGCCGGUUGGCUUUUCGGUUGAGGGUCGCGGUGGCCGGGUGGUGUGCGGUCGGGCCGAAACGCGCGGUGCAAUGGCGACCUUUGUGAGCGAGCUGGAGGCGGCCAAGAAGAACUUGAGCGAGGCCCUGGGGGACAACGUGAAGCAAUACUGGGCUAACUUAAAGUUGUGGUUCAAACAGAAGAUCAGCAAGGAAGAGUUUGACCUGGAAGCUCAUAGACUUCUCACACAGGAUAAUGUCCAUUCUCACAACGAUUUCCUCCUGGCCAUUCUCACGAGGUGUCAGAUUUUGGUUUCUACGCCAGAAGGUGCUGGAUCUUUGCCCUGGACAGGGGGCUCUGCAGCCAAACCUGGAAAACCCAAGGGCAAGAAAAAACUUUCUUCUGUUCGUCAGAAAUUUGAUUGGAUGAUUCUGAAGUGUUUUUACUCACAGCAUAGAUUCCAGCCUCAGAACCCCCUCUCUGGAGCUCAGCAGUUUGUGGCCAAGGACCCCCAAGAUGACGACGACCUGAAACUGUGCUCCCACACAAUGAUGCUGCCCACCCGUGGGCAGCUGGAGGGGAGGAUGAUAGUGACCGCCUACGAGCAUGGGCUGGACAACGUGACCGAGGAGGCCGUGUCAGCUGUGGUCUAUGCGGUGGAGAAUCACCUUAAAGAUAUACUGACCUCAGUUGUGUCAAGAAGGAAAGCCUAUCGAUUACGAGAUGGGCAUUUUAAAUAUGCCUUUGGUAGUAAUGUAACCCCACAGCCUUACCUGAAGAAUAGUGUGGUAGCUUACAACAGCUUAAUAGAAAACCCUCCAGCCUUUUCUGCUCCCUGUGCUGGUCAGAAUCCAUCUUCUCACCCCCCCCCUGACGAUGCUGAGCAGCAGGCUGCACUCUUACUGGCUUGCUCUGGGGACACACUGCCUGCCUCUCUGCCUCCAGUGAACAUGUAUGACCUUUUUGAAGCUUUGCAGGUACACAGGGAAGUCAUUCCUACACAUACUGUGUAUGCCCUUAACAUUGAAAGAAUCAUCAUGAAACUCUGGCACCCAAAUCACGAAGAGCUGCAGCAAGACAAAAUCCACCGCCAGCGCUUGGCAGCCAAGGAAGGGCUUUUGCUCUGCUGAGUAGGAUUUGAGGGUAUGGGACUCUCACCAAAUUCAUUGAUUAUUGAAAGUUAAAUGUUUUGGGGUUCACAUUUCAAGACUGAAAUGUACAGUAUAUAAAUAUAACCUUUCCUAUGGAAAUGCGACCUUGAGUGCAUUUUGUGUUGCUACUAUGAAGCCAUUAAUAUAAAUCUAACUGAUAAUGACCCAUGUUUAUAUGUAUUUGUUCCCAGUUAUGGGAGCGGGCAUUGUAGAAGUUCUGUGCCUGGAAUGGGGAUGUUUAGGCAUCUGAGGCUUAGUGUCUUAUGGUCUGCAUGUAAGAUAGAUGACAUCCGAGAAUAAAGAAGCUGUCUUAACUUAGUUCUCAUGAUUAGCAGGACAUUGUUUUGUUCAGUGACAUCAUAUGUUCCGUUUCUGGCAAGUUGUAAAGUUUCUGCCUCUCCUAAAGAACUGUGCUCAUGUAUUUUGGUUGAAAUAACCUAUACAGUGUUAAAAAUCAGAUACCUCCUUUAAUAACCCAUUUUAAUUUUUAACAGUGACAUGUAGUCCCCAGUUUAAUAUUAUAGAAAAUAAUUUGAAAAGGCUGUGCUAUUAGAAAAAGUCAGAUUUUUUCUUUACAUGUAAAACCAAAAUCAAAACAAAACUCUUGGAAUGCAAUUAAUCUUAUAAAUGUGUUCCUAUAACAAGUUCUUGUUUUAGUGUUUAUCUGUCCAAAGACUCUGAUUGACAUGCUUAUUUAGUAAUUCCUACAGAAUGUGUUAAUCUAUCUGAAAACGUUGGAUUUAUGUUUGGUAAUUUUAUUCCUAUUAAAUAGCUGUUUCUAUCUUUUCAAGUCAUAAAGUGAAAAUAAUUUACAUUUGACAGUGUUACUUGAUAACCCACUUUUUUUUAAAAGAUAUGUUGCUUUUUUACUCAUAGUAUUGAUGGAUAGAGUGUAUAGACGGGUUUAUGUAGUUUUAAAUAACGGAUAUAUAGAUAUGUAUAUAUAGUUCAUAGAUCUGGAUCUGUGUAUUUGAUUUUGUACUUUAAAUGUGACAAAUAAAUGUUUUGCGAGAAAA